UUCAACUGUGCUGUAAAUAUUCCAUCCUUUUCUCCGUGUUCAGGAUCCCCAAUGUCUCCGCUCAGUGUUUUGAGUUGUUUGAUUGUAGCAUGGGUACAAUUUUCCUCUUAUUUGAAGAGGGUUAGCCUUGUUUGGGUUUGGAAAUUACAUUGGAUAACUUUGUUUUUGUGUUCUGUGAAGGAACACGUCUCCAGGAAAGGAUAUUCAUUAGGAAAUGAGAAUAACUUCUAUGAAAGAAUUCAGUCAUCACCUCAUGAAGGAGCAGAAGCAGUCACUCGUCGAGCAGCAGUACAGAUUGAAAAUAUUACCUUCAAAAAUGUGUCAAAAAAGAGACCGGACAAGUAUUGGGAAUGUACCUUUGAUGUCUUACAAUCUGACCUGUCCGUGUGUACUGUGAGGAAAACUGCCCAGGAGUUACAUGAUUUUGUAACUAAACUUCCUAAGGACCUUUGUAUUGAUAAUUCUGGAAAGACUGCACUAUGGGCAUUAAGUCACGUCUCUCAGACUAGAGAGGACAGGUGGCACGCUGAUCUGGAAUCGACUAUAAGGCAACUGGUUUUGUCUCCAUCACAAGCUUUCUUGAAAAGUGAACAUGUGCGUGAAUUCUUUCUUGGGAAGUCAUCGGAUCACAGUCAGAGCCAUACAAAUUUACAGAAUUCGCUAAAGUUGCUUAAGUCUACAGAGCACUUCAAAGAGGAUAGUUCUGAGGCUUCCAGCCAGGAGGAAGAUGCCCAGCAGCAAGUAAUUCAUCAUAAGAAAAGUACUGGGAAAACUAUUGGAUGUAGUAUCACUGGUGUGAAAUCUCUGGGGGAGAGUGUGGGUUUACAGCACUCCGAUCAGAAUGGUGUACUGGACUGGAGGAAAAGGGGCUGCAAUACAAAACGUAACACCGAGCACUGCUCAGCUGUGAUGGAACAGUGUUUGACAGAAGAUAAAAGGGAUCCAUCCAGUAGCAAGAAGCUGAACAUUCACACUGACAUGGAUAAAAAGAAGGUAGAUCGAGUAAGCCACAGGGCACCCAUAAGUAAUGGCAUUCUCCGAAUCCCUCCCGUACAACCCUUAUGGACCAGAACAGGAAAAGAACUGAGGUUGGAAGUUGGCUGUGGUCCAGAGCCAUGUGGAGACAGUUCUUCAGAAAGUUACAGUUCUCCUUCCAGCCCAAGGCAUGAUGGGAGGGAAAGCUGUGAAAGUGAAGAUGAGAAGGACAAAGAUUCUGAUAGCACUUCUGAGGAUUCGGGGAAAGAAAAGCCGAAAGUGAGGUCUUCCUGUAGUUCUGUUGGCCACGGAGUUACCAAUAGGCCUACUGCUCAAGUAGCUCCAGUGCAGAAUGCGAGUGGCAACAUUCAAGACAUUCCAUCAACUCCAAUGCUUCCACACAUUCCUUGCAUGCCUCCCAUGCAUUACAUGAUGCAAAAUGGUGGAAAGAAAGUGGACUGCGUUGCUCCUGUAGACGGUAAAUCUGUUGGGAUGAUUGUGACUGUCCCUCCCACUGCUGUUUCUCUUAGAGAUUCUUCAAAUGUAACUCCAAUUGGUGCUGUUGAAGAAAAGAGACUGGACCUAAUGCCCUCGCCUAUGUCAGCACAGACUCGUUUCUUCGUGCAGACUGCUAGUCCUGCCCUGCAUCCCAUGGCACAUCGACAUAAAAUGACUGCACCACAAAUGAGUUUAGAAAAUGGCCUUAUUCCUGGACCACAGCAGCCGACUGGUACUGUAAACAUCGGAUCAGCCAACACCGCUUUCAUCCCCGUUCACAGUCCAUCUCAGUCGGGAAAACUUCCAGUAGCUGUUGUUCUGGACCCGGGUUCGAAAACUGCGACGCCGAGUGUAGUAGGACUAAAUCCCAUCGUGCCUCAGACCGAAGGAAACACAGGAAUUGUACCUCAGCCUGCCAGUGUAAAAGUUAUGCUUCAUGCUGGUGGUCUGCCACCACCUCCUGGCUCAUAUAACUUAAGUGGGAAUCCAGCCAGUGUUAUGCCUUUGCAGGGUGCUGCAGCCACUCCACCUCCUGUAGCCCCGAUUCACAACACGGGAUCCUCAGUUCCCACCCAUACCCCAGGCCCUGUACCGAGCCCCAACACUGCGUUAACACACAGCACUGCUCAGAGUGAAAGCAGCUCUUAUAUAAAUACAAUAGGAAACAGUAGCACUAAUGGGACCAUUCAGACCGCCCCUCAACUUGGCUGUGGGACUUGUACUUCCUGUGGAUGCCGAGGAAGCUGUGGGACCAAUAGUAACCCUCCGAUGAGUUACUACUACCCUAGCACCAUUCAUAGCCAGCUAUUCAGAGUUCCUUUUAUCCCUUUCACCUCUCUUUGUAAUGGUAGCUACCUCAACCAAGCACAUCAAAACAGUGCAACACAGAUGUCCUUUUAUCCGAACCCUUACCCCAGUGCACUAAUGCACGAUCCCAUGGGAAAUCAGACCAGCUACGGGAUGCAACAAAUACCAGGAUUCGUCAGAGGGCUUCCGCUGAUGUACCACGUGGCCAAUAUGGUCACAAAUGUAAAUGGAUUGGGACCUAAAAAGAACGGAAACGUAUCCUGUUACAAUUGUGGUGUAGGUGGACACUAUGCGCAGGACUGCAAACAGCCAUCCAUGGAGGCCAGUCAGCCAGGUGCCUUCAAACUAAAAUUUGCUCCACCUCAUGAUGGUUUGGACUCAGCAGACUAAGCUAGGAAAAUGUCAACUUAGCAAUGAGCCUGAAUGUGUGGGUCUGACCCGACCCAUUGUACUUGAUGCUCUGUUUCUCCUGCAAAAUGGUUUUCUCCAGUCGAUUGGGAUUAGUACAUGUUCACUGUAGUCUGGGUUGUCUUGAACUUUUUGUGGCAUUUUGUUUCAUUUAGGAAUGUGUCUGACAUUGUUUGUCUGCAGUGUUCAUGAUGCAAACGGAGAAGUCCUGUGAUGUGGAAAUGCUUACAAUUUGUGUCCUCUAGUUUUGCACUGAUGAAUGUACUGUUCCAAGUGGCAUGUGCAAUGUUUGCUGUUUAUAACACAUGGGAGAGUUUGAGAACCAUCACAUCUAAUAAGGACACGCUGGGCUGGAAUGAGCAGACUUGCUGCCGAAUAAAAAUGCUACAUCACACAUCAUGGUACAACUCAUAUCCCAAACUACAUCAUUUUGUCCUUUAUUUUAAACUGCUGCCAUUCUCCCCAUUUUCCCUUGGUUGGUGUUGUAACCAUUGGAACAAGUAAUUACAUGAAGUUAAAAUAUUUCUGUUUGGCAUACAGUAGUCCAUUCAUUUUCUUUAAAGAGCUGAAGGGUACAUUUAGAAAGUAAUUCCUUCUCAUGGAUUGGGGGGAAAAAAAACUUCGUAAAAUUUGAGUGCCUGUAUUAACCUAGAUGAAAAGUGGCAGAGAAAAAAAAAAGUUCAGAAAGAUUAGACUGGUUAGAUUUCUGUAGACCUUAAGAGAAGAGUAUUCAAAUAUUUUCUUUAGAGCAGCUGAUUAUCUUGGUUACUAUAAUUUUGACACCAAUAUUUAUAAUGGAAGUUUAAAUUUGAAGAAUGUGUAUUUUAUUUUUGUCUUUGAAGAAAAACAUUGAUGAGUAGUCACAGCCAUUUCUGUCAACCAUCUUUAAACCUUUAAAUAAACUUGCAUUGGAAACUA